ACGAACCCGAUAUAUUUUUGCGCUUGAUUCUAGAUAACAACUUAAAGUAUAUCAAAAGCUAGUAGCAGAGUGACUUGCUUAAUUAAUUCACCAUGACUGCGCCCCAACCGCCUCCACUCUCCAACAUACGCGUUCUCGAGUUCGCGGGCCUGGCCCCCGGUAAGCCCGAUAUUCUCUACUCUGCGAUUCUUCAUGGGUUUGGAGUUCAUCUCAUACAGGGCCCUUUGCUGGCAUGCUCCUGGCCGACUACGGUGCAUCUGUCCUCCGUCUCGACCGCGCACCCGGUACCCCGACCACUGACCAGCUCACGCGUCGCAAGACGUCGAUAUGCGUCAACCUCAAGUCGCCCGCCGGCCUCGCACUCAUCAAGAAAAUUAUACCACGAGUUGACAUCCUUAUUGAUCCUUUUCGCCCUGGUGUGCUUGAAAAAGCAGGCCUGGAUCCGGAAAGAGUGCUGUUGAAACUGAAUAAGCGGCUCAUCAUUGCGCGGAUGACGGGAUUCAGGAGAGACGGAAAGUACGCGCAAAUGGCGGGCCACGAUAUCAACUAUAUUGCCGUGUCGGGAGUGCUGAGCAUGUUUGGGCGAAAGGGCGAGAAACCGUAUCCGCCGGGCAAUGUGGUGGGUGAUUUUGCCGGGGGAGGCGCGAUGUGUUUUAUCGGCAUACUGCUUGCGCUUCUUGCGCGUGAGCGGAGUGGCUUUGGACAGGUUGUGGAAGCGAAUAUGGUGGAUGGAAGCGCUAUACUUGCAACUAUGCCUCGACUAGGCUUGAAGACAGAGGUCUGGAAACGCGAGCGUGGUACCAAUAUGCUCGAUGGCGGUGCGCCUUUCUAUGAUACGUACGAGACCAAGGACGGGGGCUUCAUGGCUGUCGGGGCGAUUGAACCGCAGUUCUAUGCUGCGCUGUUAAAGGGUAUGGGGCUUAAAGCGUCGGAUCUGCCUGGAAGCAGGGAUAACAUGGUGGAUUGGCCCAAAUUGAAGGAUUUUUUUACGGCAGAGUUCAAGAAAAAGACACGUGCCGAGUGGGAGGCUAUAUUCGAUGGUACAGACGCGUGCUGCACACCUGUCUUUACCCAAGCAGAGUUAGAGGAACAGGGAUUCGAUCAGCGACCUGCUGUUACAUUAAGGACUUCGCCUGGUUAUGCGAUUCACGAAGGCGACGAUGAGAGAUCUGCAGCCGAGGGUCAGGGUAUCGGCUGGAAGGGUAGUGGGUGGAGUGAGAAGGGGCUGAAGCCAGGCAACGGAGGAGAAGAUACGCUGAGCACGUGGAUGGGAUGGACUAAGGGAAGGCACUACGUUGAGGAACAGGGUGGAUUGGUGUGGAAGGAUGCUGCGAAGCUGUAGUCGUGCGUCAUUCGAAACUACUGUCCGUAUUUCCUUCUUGAUGCUUGCCAAACGACGAAAUUUUUCAUUGUAGGAUGCGAUAUAAUACUGCAAGAAGAGCAGAAAACACUGCUACAUAUGUACAACAUACUACGAUGUAAAUGUCAAGCC